AGCAUGUGUCUUUGGGGAUGACUAAUUGGCACCUGUAUCACUUAUGGGGACAAUCAAUUGUCCUUUAAACUUUAUUUUUGGGGACGCCUAAUCGUCACCUAUUAACUGGCAGGGACGACCAAUCAUCCCUUAAGAAGUGUCUUCAGGGUCGUCAAUUUGUCACCUAUAUAACUUAUAGGGACGACCAAUCGUCUUUAACCUUUAUCUUUCGUGAUGACUAAUUGUUACCCAGAUACCAAAUCUUUUGUGAUUGAGUUCUGAGUUUGAGUGGUAAAGUGGAGAUCAUUGUGCCAAAUUGUGUGUUUGUAUGUCUUGGAUGUGUUGUGAUCGAGUUAAUGGCACGGUUGAUUAGAUCGAGUCGAAAAUCUUGGAAAUGCCCGAUUUUUCUCUCAGUUCACUGUUUCACCCUAUUAUCACGGUCACCAGACCAUGACGAUUAGGCUAAGACCGUGAAUUCAGAAACGCAUAUCCGCUUUUCAAAACUCGCCGUUUUGGCCCAGUUCACGGUUCAGGAGUUAUGUUCACAGUCGAUUAGACCGUGAAAACUAACCUUUGUCAGUGAACUGCUGGCUCGUGCUAUAAAAGGAGAGUGAACCCUUCUUCUUCACUUCACGCCUCCUUCUUGCCAGAAUUAUCUGAAAUCUCGCUAGAAAACCGCGACAUUGUUGUUCUUCGGCGAUUUCGGCGACUUCCGACCACCCAAACCCAAAUCCAAGACUAGACCCAUUAUCAUCGUGUCUUGGGCUACCUUCCCCGAAGUUUUGGAGUAGUUUGACUCGAUUUUUAUUCCAGCGAGGCGACUUCCGACGAGCUUCAGACGAAGCUCUGACGAGCCCCUCCGGGCAUUUUUUGACUCCCUCACCUUCCCCUUCAAUCAUACUGGAGUCUCAAGGUGUGUUUCUGAAUUUUACCUUGUUAAUUUUGGAGAAUCGGAUUAGGGUUGUAGGUGAGGGGAAUUUGUGAUUUAUUGCAUGAAUGUUGAAAUUGGGCGAGGGGUUAGUCGAUUAAUGUUGUUUGAAUGAUGCAUGAUGUGGUUUCGAUCUUAGUUGAGCCUUGGUGGGCACGAAUCGGGUAUGAAUUGUGUUAAAGUGUAAAAAAUGCCCACCAAGUGCAAAUUUUUGAAUGAAUGAUUGAACCAUGUUUUGUGAAUGAUGGUUGGUGGCCAUCGAGGUGUGGUUUGGGUUCGAAAUUUUUAUUUUGAUGAACCAUGAAUCACCUAGAACCACGCCCCAGUGCGUUUAGGGUGCAAAUGAGCUUAAAUAGUUGAAAACUGAUCUUGUGAAAAGCCUUUGUAUGCAUAUGACCGUGGUGGAAUCCUAAGUGUGGGGGGGGGGGGGGGUCAAUUUCUCCCCAAUGAUUAGUAAUAUAUGAAUGAUUCCAUAUUUGGUGUAUAUCUUUGAUGUUUUGCAGGAUGGUUGAUGUGGAUCACCGGUUCAUUCACUACCUAAUGCAUCACGAGAAGUAUGGUAACAUGUUAGAGCAAUGGAGGUAUGGUGAUGUCGGACCUCACUGGUUUUUGGACCUAGAGAUGUUCACCAUGUUCAGGUGUUGGGCGCCAAUGUCUGGGGUGCUCAUCCAUCCCUAGUGGCGACACCUCCUAUCAGUGGACGAGCUCAUCUACAGAGAGCUAUGUGUGGAGUUCUACUCCUUUUUCUCUCACGUGAUACCGUCCAGGAAGCACAACCAGCCAUAUGUUGAAUUUAUGCUGGGAGGUCGGCAUCAUGUGCUCACCUAUGAUGGGUUUGCUCAUGCCAUGGGGCUCGACCCACUCACAUCACCAUGAUAGAGAGGGAGUACACAGCUGACUUUCGAUUCCAAGAGGCCUUCCACGCCAUUAGCCUUCUAGAGUACCAGAACAAUGAGUUCAAGGGCUCCACCACCAAUGCAGUGUAGCUCCGCACUCCUUGGAGGAUCCUGCACAUGCUACUAACUAGAUCGAUCAUCCCCAGCUUGAGAUCAGCACACAUGAUCACCAACAGAGGGUUGAUUACCCUCCAUACAUUGAGCCGCCCUGCAACACCACUCCAUCUGGGUUCAGUGGUGGCUACCACAUUCUCAGAGCGAUGGGGAGUGAUCGAGUGGACACGAUGAACUUGGGGGCAUCAUCACAAGGCUGGCCCGACACUUCGGCAUUGACUUGACGGGAUGCUCCAUCAUCGGUCAGACUGAGUCUUUCCCUGUGGAGAUAUUAUACAACAUGAAGCUGGUGCUGAAGGGGGAUCGAGGAAUUGAUUACCUUGAUGGACUGUGACCUUUGGCCGCACUAAGGCCCCAAAUCAACCCUUCUCCAAUGGAGUCAGAUCUAGAGGUUCCUCCUCCCCAACAGCCAAGAGCUCAGGCCCAAAGUCGUCGCCGCCGUGUCGCACCACCACCAUCAGUAGCAUCAUCCUCGGCGGGAGCCGAACCUUCUUCUUCCAUAGUCCACCUCGAGGAUCGAGUCACUCACCUCGAGGAGCAGUUCAUUGGAGUCAAUACUCGGUUGGAUCGAUCCACCGAUUUGCUGGAGCGGAUAGCUCGCAACCAAGGUGUCUUGUCGGACGAAGAGAAGUGAGGUAGUUGACCGAGUGAGACAUGUGGCAGAGUUGUUUCUUUCGCCCCACUUCUCUACUUGAAACUCUGAACUUUGUUAUUUUUCUGUUCUUUUCUUUUCUUUAGUUUGUGUGUAAACAACUACUAUCGUGAUGUCGACUAUUACUAUUCGUAAUAACCUCGCCUUGAGCGAGAAUGUGUGUGUGUUUUUGUUUUCUUCUUCUUUUUGAAGCUCAAUUCUCCUACCCCGGUAUUUGUCCAACUUUCACUUGUCAUUGGUCGGUAACUUCUUCACACUACCCUUUUUCUCCAUUGAGGACAAUGUUGUGCUUAAGUGGGGGGGGGGGGGUGUAUUAGUUGUGAUUGGCAUGUGAUUGUGCGUGAAAUUGGUUUGCUUGGAGCCUAGAUGUCUUCCCAAAUUUGAAAAUUUUGAGGGCUCCAAGCAUUGCAUUAUCAAGUGUGGGAGAAUCUCAUGUUUAUUGGCUUUGACCUUGGAUUGUUUACUUGUGAUCGAGUGCAUCCUAUUAUGAUGAUUGAGAAUUGAAUUAGGUUGGUGCAAAUGUUUAGUUCUCAUAUGUGUGCAAAUGAAUGGAUGUCUUGACUCGAUUACUCUUUGAUUACAAUUGCCAUGCAUCGAAAUUCGUGAAAUUGGAAAAGAUGAUUGGGUGGCUAGGUAUCCAUGUGAGUUUUGUGUAGAUCAUCUUUUUCAUGUGUGAUAGAUCCCUCUCGACAUCGUGUGUAACAUUCACCGUUGUCACUAGUGAGUAUGAUGGAGGCAAAGGAUUAGUCCACGCCCUUUGAGCCGUGUGACUUUGGUCGUUCUCAUAUUAGGAGCUUCUAGCUUUGUGAGAUUAAUGGGAAUUGACAGAACAACCCUUUUCCUUUCAUCGUGUCUAAACCAUUGUGAGUCAUCAUUGUGUCUCGGAGUUCUCGCUUUUGAGCUCCAUUGAGGUUCUACAUAGGUGGAUUUUGCACGGUUCUUGCUAGGAAUGAAAAGGUAGCGUCGGAGGAAAGUUCUUAACAGAGAACAUUGUUCGUUAAGUGUAAAAAUGACAUGUGUUUAGCUCUCCAGUACCCCCUUGGAAAAAAGAGGGAAAAAAAGAGAAAAGGAAAGUAGAAAAAGGAAUCGGAAAAAAAGAGGUAAUAAAUGGGGUAAAUAAAGAUAGAUAGUUGCCAUGAAGAAAUGAUGUGUUUGCUCUAGAAAUGGUCUUUUGGCACUAAAGCCAUUGAAAUAACUAAUUGAUUGUUGACCUCCUUCAUUACUUUGAUUGAAUUGUGGAUAGCAAGAUAGACCAAAGAAGUGUGCUUGAAUGAAGUUCGUGAUUGGUAGUGGUUUGGAAGAAGGGAAGUAUGGUUUUUGGCCGAUGCUAGUGGCUUUUGAUCAUAGGGAAGGUUCUAGUCGAAACCAUAGAACCUUGUAUCUUAGGUUGAAGAUGUAGAACCUCAGGCUUUACUUGCCACCACCCAAAAGGCAUUUUCCCUAUGUCCAAGACAAUUGUCAAUCAUUUGAACCCGUGUCUAAGACCUCCGGACAAGCUAGUAACGACAACCAUCAUGUGAACUCUAGCAUUUAGAGGUUGCCGCCGUGGUGGAGAGACGAUAGGGUUGAGUGUUGAUGAUUGUGCACAUCUUUUGCACCAAAAGGUCCUGACCCCACUGGUCGAGAGUGAGUGAUUCAUUCUCAUUUUUGUAUAUUCAUAUCUUAUCCCGGUGAGGACCUAUGUUGCCCAUUCGUUUGUUCCUUGGACUUGAGUUCUAUGCAUGGUUAGUUGUGGUUGGUGAGUAUUCUAGUCGAGAAUUGUUUUGAUUUGCGAACAGGGUGAGAAAUUUUCAUUUGCACGUUCUUAAUGCAUUCGAAUGUCGUUUGUGGUGGAUGUCGGUAUUGCUUGUAACGAUUCUUGUGUUGAGGUUUAAUAGCCAUUGAGAUUCACCCACUUUGAGCCCUUUGAUACGCCCCCAAGUUAUUUUGUUAGGUUGAGAUAUUACCUUGUUUGGAAUUGGUUUGCUUGGGGACAAGCAAACGUCUAAGUGUGGGGGAGUGAUUCGGGUCAAAAUGCACACAGUUUACCCCUUUUUUCCUUAGAUGUUGAGGCGAUUUCACCCAAUGGGUUUGGUUUUGCGCUAGGUUAUGCUUUGUUUUGCUAUUUUUCAGAUCCUAGCAGGUAAAUCAACCAUGAGAAAGAAAGUUGGACGAAAAGGAGCAAAAACGGGCCAAAAGGGAAGGACAACCACAGUUCACGCUGGAAGCCAGCCGUUCAAGGCUUGCCAACCGUAAGAAGCCUCCCCGACCGUGAAGUGACAUGGUUCCAUGGGGUUUUACGCACCUCAUUGGACCUCGACUGGAUCACGUUCACUGGACCGUGAACAUCCGUCCUGGACCGUGAAGCGCAUAAGUAAAACGAUGCAAAGCUCAAGAUCACAGUCCCCAGCCAAUGUUCACGGCCAUGAACUGGAAAUGCCUUUGAUUUAUGUAUAUAAAGAGAUUUGAGCUGAAGGAAGAAAGGGAGGAGAGCCUAGUGAAAUAACUUCUUCUUUUUCAAGACUUCUAGAGAGAGAAAGUGACGAGCAAGGAAGAGGAAGGAGGCUAGGUUUCAUUCAAGCUCAAGGUUUUGGGAAUUUUCACUUUCAAGAUUGAUCUCCACACAUAAGGAAGAAAGCAUUCAUCUCCAAUAUGGUUUUCUCUUCUCUCCUUUGUGUAUUCCUUCUACCUAGCAUGUAGUAGUCCUUUAUUUCACUUGGGUGUUUGUGAAUCCUAGCUAGAAACAUGUGAAAUUUUGUAUGAAUUGAAUGAUUUGUGUUGGUUGUGUUUGAAUGCAAGUAUUGAUGUAUUUUCAUGGAUGUUGUGUUGUGUUUUCCAUUUCCAGCUACUUUUCCAUUUAAAACAUAUUUUCCCUAUAUUGCACCUAAUUAAGGUUUAUACUUGGGCCUUGAUUGAGAUUUUCAUUGUAGUGUUCGGGACGAGUCAUGGUCACCGAGGUUCAGAGGGAUUUUGGUCCGGCGAGGGUUGGUUUGGAGGAGGCUACGGUUUUUCUCCCCUUUCCUCCGCCCGGAAUGAUGGUUUCAGCUCUAUUUCUUGGUUCCGUCGACCUUUGUUCCAGCGGUGGAGGAGAUGCGGCAGAGGCUCCAGCGGAGGUGGUAAUCCUUGGGAGGCAUAUGUUGCUAGGGUUUGAGUAGAGAUCUCAUGUUUUGGGCUUUUGUUUUGGGUUCUAUUGGAUAUCCAAUCAAGUUUGGGGCUUUGG